GAUAUACACAGCUCUGUACAAAGCCCUUCGUCCCUUCCUCGUGAGGGUUGGAAUUGAGUUCUGACAAUUUUGCAUUCAACGUCCCAUCAGACAAAAGAUUUCAUCCGAAAUAACCCGCUGCGGAACCCGUUUGUCGACUACCAUGGCCAGCACAGAGGGAAGUAAACUUUGGGGAGGGCGUUUCGUGGGAGACACGGAUCCUAUCAUGGAGAAGUUUAAUGCAUCCAUCGCGUAUGACCAGAGGAUGUGGGAUGCUGACAUCAGGGGGAGCAAGGCUUAUGUGAAAGCUCUGGAAAAGGCGAAGCUGGUCACCACGGAUGAGAUGAACCAGAUUGUACAAGGGCUGAAUCAGAUUUCUGAAGAAUGGUGCCAAGGUGUUUUUGUAAUCAAACCUGGAGAUGAAGACAUCCAUACUGCCAACGAGCGCAGGCUUACGGAGCUGAUCGGUGCACCUGCAGGGAAGCUGCACACGGGCAGGAGCAGAAACGACCAGGUUGUGACCGACAUGAGGCUGUGGCUGCGAGAUUCCAUCUCGACCCUGACAGACAACGCUCUGCAGCUCAUAUCUUCCAUGGUGGAGCGGGCAGCAGCAGAAAUCGACGUACUGUUUCCUGGUUACACCCACAUGCAGAGAGCUCAGCCAAUCAGAUGGAGCCACUGGAUCCUCAGUCACGCUGUCGCUCUGAGCCGAGAUGUUGACCGGCUAAAGGAGAUCAAGAAAAGAGCUAAUCUUUUACCUCUUGGCAGUGGUGCCAUCGCUGGGACACCGUUUGACAUCGACAGAGAACUGCUGAGGAAAGAAUUGGACUUUGAUGGUAUCAGUCUGAACAGUAUGGAUGCCACAGGCCAGAGGGACUUUGUUGUGGAGUUCUUGUUCUGGGCUUCGUUGUGUUUGACUCAUCUCAGUAAGAUGGCGGAGGACUUGAUGCUGUACAGCACGAAGGAGUUCUCCUUCAUCACCCUCUCCGAUGCAUAUAGCACAGGCAGCAGUCUGAUGCCUCAGAAGAAGAACGCUGACAGUCUGGAGCUGAUCAGGAGUAAAGCAGGUCGUGUCUUUGGCAGCUGUGCAGGGUUCAUGAUGACACUGAAGGGUCUGCCCAGCACCUACAACAAAGACCUGCAGGAGGAUAAGGAGGCCAUGUUUGACUGCUAUGACACUGUUCAUGCUGUGCUGCAGGUCACAACUGGGGUCAUGUCAACUCUAAAGAUCAACCAGAGCGUGAUGGAGGCAGCCCUCAGUCCCGACAUGUUGGCGACUGACCUUGCCUACUACCUUGUGAGGAAGGGGAUGCCCUUCAGAGAAGCUCAUGGUGUCUCUGGUAAAGCUGUGUUUGCAGCUGAAUCCAAAAAUAUCGCCCUCAGUCAACUCACUGUGGAAGACCUGAGUGCUCUAAGCCCUCUGUUUGGGAGUGACGUCUCCUCAGUGUGGGACUACAGGAGCAGUGUGGAGCAGUACAGCGCCCCCGGAGGCACAGCCAAGAGUAGUGUUGCUGCUCAGGUUGAAUACCUGAGGAACUGGCUGAAGAAACAGACCCAGUGACACCUCACAUUUUAGAAUCAGGUUUACUCCUUAAAUUACGACAAAUCUUAAAUUUAAGCUUAGCUUUUAUUUUGAAAACCUUGUUGCCUUUGAAAAACUCUCUGCUUCUUGAGAACAUCUCUGUAUUUAGCAAAGGGAUGUUUGGAUUGUUAAUUCAUCCGUCAUGUUACAAACUUCUUGGCUAAUGCAAAGAAAAUAAAUGUUACUCAAAGAGUUGUUA